GCAGAUCCGUUUUGGAAACAAAUGUCAGCUGUGUCACAGCAUGAACAAGGGGAGGUUCGGGUGUCUAGCAUUGUAACCUUGUAGGCUGCCUAUUAGCUAGCAUUGCCUCAAAGCAUUCAGAGUUGAACAGAGCCUCCACAGGAGACACCUUCCUUGCCAUUCACAAGACAUAGCAUGCUUUGUAAUUCUACACUCAGCUGCUGAUUGAGACCCUGCAAGUCCUAAUCUGCCCCUUCAUACAAUCACAGGACAGAGACAUGAGGGGCUAUUGCUAAAGAAUACAGAACAAUGAGUGCACCAGCAGCCACUGGAGUAUUUAUCCUGUCUCUUACCUCUAUCCCUGUCACUUACAUCUUCAAUGCUAUAUCUGCUAGUAAUAGGUAAGUGGCGCAGACAGUGCAGAAGCUGAUUAUUGUAGCAGAGGGUUUCUGCUAGCAAUAGGUAAGUGGGGGCAGACAGUGCAGAAGCUGAUUAUUGUAGCAGAUUAUUGUAGCAGAGGGGAACUAAAAUAGAAUAGAAGUAUUUUAGGAACGGAACCUUUGUAUAUUGCUAGAGUCUAAUGUUUCCAAUUAGAACCUUUGAGUUUUAAAGACUUGAACAACCAAGUAGUUUAGAGUUAACACAAAUUAUGCAAUAAACACAGCUAAACUGUAAAUAGUGAAAUUAUGAUGUUUUAAGGUUUUUUUUAAAUUUUACUUUGGUGUAUUAUAUUUAUAUUUUAAGCUCGCUAAAUAGCAAACUGCAAUGAAUUGAUCAUUGAAUUGUGAAAUAUAGGUCAAAAUAAGUGAAUUAGCUUCUUAUUUCCAACUUGGAUAUGUGUGAUAACAUUUCCAUUUCACUGUUUAGUAAAUUGCCCCCUUCCUAUUUUUAUUAUUAGUAUUUAUAUAGAGCAUUUACAUACUCCACAGUUCUUGACAAUGAUAGAAUGUGAAUAUUUGACAAGUAAGUUGACAAGAGACAAAGAAGGCUCUGCUCAAAUGAGCUUACAAUCUAUUUUAACCUUGAAAUAAAAUUGCAUUUUCAUCUAAAUUGGGAUUAUGUUUCUGUUAGGACUCACAUGAAUUUGUAACAGAGCAAUCUAACAUUAGAAAUACAAAAGUAUUUGUAAAAUUGUAACAUCAGAAUGUCUACCUUUUUAGAGUUAUGGGCCCAUAAAUAUUGAAAACAAACUCCUUUUCAGCCGAGGUCAUCAUCAUUGAUUGUCUAUAGAGAAGUUGAGGGACCUAGUACAUGCUUGCAGCACAUACUGCUCUGCAGCAAUCAGCAUCUACUUAUUGUAAAGCAUUAUUCCAAUGCGUCUUUAUAGGGACUGUUCAUGCUGAGAGUCAAAGGUUGCAGAACCACAAUAGGAAGCACCUCUAGCGGCUUUUUGAGUGACAGUCAUCAGAGGUGUUCUUAGGGUUCCCCUGUUGUGUAUAUUCAUGCAUUUGAUUAACCUGGAAUCUAGAGAGGCGAAAGAUUUCAUCAAGGCUUUGAAAUUUGACAGCAUGUGAGAUAGACAGAAUUUUGAAUUAAGUUAUAGGAAAGGAGAUAAUGACCCUGGACACUUAUGCCUCAAUUUAAUAUUGUUGGAUAAGCUUUUCAAAUGUUUUAAUAAUUUUAAAUAAAUUUCUAAUAUUAUGAAAAAUAUUAACGUUUUUCAUAUAUUUGUAUUUUGUUUGAUACAAAUAUUAAAUAAUUUGAAAGCUUAUUUAAACAUAUUAAGUCAAAGCCUAGUAGUUUGAUAUUUACAGAGUUGUUCAUUAAAGUGUAAAUUGUCAUGAAUUUAAAGUGAAUUCAAAGUAAAUAUCAAAUUUAGGCCAAAACAGCUGGAUUUGAAAAAUUAUCCGGUCAGCUAUGUUUUUACUUUUUCCACUAAAACUUUAAAUUUAUUUUAAAUUCACACUAUAGUGAAUAAACAUGUAAAACAGUUUUAUUUUUAUUUUUUUCUGCAGGUCAAUAAGGGAAGUCUUUACAUGGAUACAUACAAUUAUUAUUAUAAUUGUGCCAGUGAUGUUUGCUAGGUUCAGGAACACUGUAACUUUUAUCAAUUAUAUAUCAAGAGUACAAAGGGAACUGUUACUUUGCGCAAGAGGAACAUUUUACUAGGCAAUUAAACGUAACUUUUAGUUGUCCAUUGGUUUAUUUUUCACAGAAAAUCCUUUGUUUGUUGCAUUUAAAUUUGCAUCAAAUGAAAGGGUUUGGUGGUAGAGUCCAGAAUUCCAUACAAGUGUAAGGAGCAUGAUUCUGGGAACAUGCCCAGUGUCCAAAUGUGCUUUCAGGGAAAUGUGGGUAAAUUAUCUCAUGGAACACGGGUUGGGUGAACUAAGGGGAGUACACAAGGUGUAGUGCAACUAGGUACCUUACAUUUAAAGUCAAAUUUACUUUACUAUGCAUCCUUUUACUUCGCUCCGUUACAUAUUCCUAACCUGUUACAUACAGUCACCCAGUAACAUACUUUGUCACAUACCCUUAUGCAGUCACAUACAGAUACCCACCUAGUAACAUUCACACACCCAUUCAUUUACUUGUAUUUAUCCACUAACACAGGCAAAUCCCCCUCCCCACCACAAACCAUUUAUUACCUACAUUAUUAACAAACUCAUGUAGACACUUGUACACACAUUAUAUACAUGUACACAUACAUAAAUUAUAUAUGCAGUCACAUACACCCCUAUGCAAGAAAUCUGCGCCUUUAUGCUGGUUGAAGAUGUUGAGUUUGUGAAGUGUGCUCCACAAUCUGCAGUAUUACAGUUAAUCGUCAUUACUAGUGUCCAGAUUUUCAUAGCAACCUAUGCAGCACGAGGGUCCUUUAGACGGCAUGCAAGGCUGCUGUACCCAAAGAGGCUGGGUAAAUCUGAUGAUCUUCCCUGGAGCUGGAUUCUCAGGAGGCCCGUUGGGACUUCAUCAUGUAUCUGCUAGUUAUAUGCGAACAUUCGCCACUAGGCUUGAUUACAUUAGGUGGUGAGGGGCAGUCCACAAUUUACUCAUUGCACGCUCGGGGAUCAUAGAUCACUUCCUCCCAGCACUUGGGAAGGGGAAUCUGCAGUGGAGCAGAGAAGGUCGCAGCAGCCUCCAUAGCCAACACGGUCCCCACUGACAGUUGACCUGUACCUGGCCAACUUGGCCCCCACUGGGCCCACACAGCCAUACCAACACAUAGCUGUAGAAGAAGGCUCCCUAACAUGCAAAAAAAUACAAAUAGCCCACACUUAAACACACCUACACAGCAGCAACAAACACAACACUACUAACAACUCACAUAAACGCACACAAAUCCACCUCCCAUAUGUUAUACACCAUGCAGCCCUCACACAUACAACCAACACCAUACACACACAAUACAUCAUGCAUACAUUUGGCUCUCACAAACAAUCCAAUGAGCAACCCUAAUACGCAGCCCACAUUUACACAUAAAACAUGAUACCCUGUCUACAUACACAUGUAACACACAAAAUAUCACAAACUGCUUUUGCACAUACAGAACAGGCAACAUACAUUCAUUUUUUAAAAUAGGACUGGCACGCUUGUUCCAUGAACCUCCUUCUCUCUCAAAGAACACUAUAAGUAAACCUAUACAAAUGACUUUUUGAACUUGUGGAGUGAUGAGUUUGUAUGACGGGAGGGAACAUAGCUUAUCCUUGUGAUGUCACUAAGUGAGGCAAAUUUUGUAAGUCACGGUAUCUGUAAAUAACAGAAUUAAGGGACGUCAGUUGUGUGGAUCGUCCCUUUAACUCUCUUUUAACUCACCAGAGAGCUGUUAUUCUAGAAUAUUUCCGUUGUUUAAGAGGAGGCAACGUUAAAUUAAUUUUAAGUUAAAAAACUAAAAGAUUUUUUACAGCUUCUGUUGCAGUAUUCUACCAACUCCUGGCAUUAUUCUCUAUUCUGUGUUAAACAAAUUUCGAGCAGUUUUACACGAAAUAAGGGUUCCUGGCCACUGACACCCAGCCCUAAUUGGCAUUACGGCUAAGAUAGAGAUUACACACUUCCUUCUAACUAUACCAAUUCAUACCAGGUAUGGGCACUAUGACUGACUGAGUCUGUCAACUGACUGUUUUCUGCCUAUUACAGCUGCCCAUUGCUGCUCAGGCUGAGGCCUUCUCAUUAACCCAAGCAGCACAGCGGAGGGGGGCUGCUGGAGACUUUUGUUUAGUAAAAACAUUAAAAUGGUUUAACACUGAAUGGAAGGAUGGCGUCUGUGGAUUCCAGACACUAUAACCACUUCAAUAAGAUAAAGCAGUUACUGUGCCCACAGUGUCCAUUUAAUACUGGCUAAUUACACAGGAGUAGGUUUUAGCUUUAUGAUACACUACUACAAGUGUUAUUAAUAAUCAUACAAUUUUAUAAGUUUUUGGAUUUAACUAAAACUGAUGCAUUCAAUUUGCACUACUUUCCAAAUAUGAUUUUUAACAUACGCUGAUUGACCACAACAAUAAAACCGCCUGUCAGGGUGGAGCUUGACCUGGGUCGAGGAUAGACGCAUGUUGUUUGUGCUCUGUACAUUAUUGAUCUAUACUUACCCAUCAAUUGACACAGUUACUAUUAGCGCUGAUUUACCAAUCAGAUGGGUGGAAGCAAAAAAUCCAGGCAUUCGUCCCCUUUGGUGUCUAUCUUCUGCAACAGAUCGGACAAGGCCUUCCCGUGUUCUGGUAAUUUACGUAACUCCGACUCAGAGUCUGACGCCAGCAAUUCCUCUCGUCUCUUCUGACAGCUUCAUUAGAGCCGCAGAACUACAAGCUGUGUCGACUGCCUGGCAUCACAAUUGGCAUGGCACCCUGUGUUGCUGCACAGCUCGCACACCACUAAGGCCACUCCUGAUUGUUACAAUAUAAUGAAUGUUAUUCACUACACCUGUCAGUGUUUUUUUUUUUAAUGUUGUGGCUGGUCAGUGUAUACUCCUUUAAAAAUACAUUUAAAUAUAAGCAGAAUAUUUUUCAGCUUGAAGUGUCCCAAGGUAUUUGUCGACUUGGAAACAGUCUUCAUUGUUAAUUAUCUUCUUUCCUGUCGGCAGUAGAUCGUAGAUAAUAUCAGGAAGGUUUUAAUUGUCUAAGAAAUUAAAGGAUAGGCAAUGUUUCCUGGAAUCACAAAUGUCUGCAAUGAGUGAAUGGAAAAUCAUAUUAACGGUACAGCAAUUGUCCGCUUUUCAGGGAUCUGUUAAUAAAAUUGGGCUUAGUCUCUUUUGAGCAGUUUUUCAUUGAAAUACGUUAUAGUAUUGAGCUCAUACCCCCUUCCUGGUGUCACAGCUUUGGUGAAUGAUUGCAGUGAACAAGAACAAUAAUGCCGGCAGAGCAAAUAUCUGGAAUGUGUAAUGGUCCCAGCAUUGUGUUGCCAACAGACCUUCCAACAAAACAACAUACCGGUACUUUAAAAGUAAUAGAUAAUAAAUCACAGUCUGAUUAGUUGUUUUUUAAAAGUUUGUUUAAUACAAUAUAGUUUUUCAGCUUAGAUGUUGGAAUACAAACUACAAAGGGUUGCCCGGAAUUCUUUCAGGGUUUGGCAGUUGCCUUUUUCAUAAUGCAGUGCAUGAAUGCAACUAAGCCUCUUUCAAGUAACUAUUUAUUAACUGGAAUACUAAAUAGCACUAAGAAUACUAGCAGGUGUAGCUUAUUGGCAGUUUUAUAGAAUUUUACUCAAUUUUCUCAGUUGGCACACCAUCGAGUGGUUGAUCAAUGAGCAUGCCAUGAAAUAUAGUCCAGCAAAAGCCAUAGUGGCAAUGCUUUCCCAGCCUGUAUUAAUACAUAGACAUAUGCAAUAUGUUAUAUUGGUAAACAUGUAUCAGUUUUUUACCCGUCUCCCUUGCUUCUCUAAGCUUCUUGAAUGUGUUGCCUACAAUCAGCUAUCCACCUUUAUUUGCUCCCAUUCAAUCCACCCAAAUCUUGCUUCUGGCCUGCCGACUCGACUGAACCACGCUCCUUCCUGUCCUUAACUUCCUCACACAAACACAACACUCUAAACUCUUGGCUAUCCUCAUCCUGAUGGAUUUAAAUGCUGCCUUUGACACUUCAGCUCACCUUUGUUAACCUUUUUAUAACUGGUAAGACUCUCACCUCAUCCUACCUUUCUGAUUAAUCCUAUAAAGUUUCCUUCAUCAAUACAUCCACUCCGCCGAUCCCUCUUCAGGGUGGUGCCCUGCAGGGUAUAGGGUGGUACCUAUAUUUUUCUCCCUCUAUAUGGCUCUUCUGUCUGACCUCAUCUGCUCACAUGGCUUCAAUGCCAUUUAUUUGCAGAAGACAUUCAGAACUUCUUUUCUUGCCCUUCAUUUUUACCUGAUCUUUCCUCUCUUUUUUGUGCCUUUCUGACGUUGCCCAAUGGAAAACAUCACGUUUUCUUCAAAUGAACACAGUAAAAACUGAAGAGCUCUCCUUCUCUGCACCCUCUUUCACUCCAAACCCCACUCUCCACUUGCCCCCUUUCACUAUCUCCAUAUCACCCACAGCUUGAAAUCUUAGGGUCAUCUUUGACUCCUUAUAACGUUGAAAAACACAUACAGUGCCUUGCAAAAGUAUUCACCCCCCUUGGCAUUUUUUGUGUUUUGUUGCCUCACAACCUGGAAUUAACAUGGAUUGUUUGAGGAUUUGCAUCAUUUCAUUUACAGAACAUGCCCACAACUUUGAAGAUGUUUUUUUUUUUUUAUUGUGAAGCAAACAACAAAUAGGAUAAAAUAACAAAAAAAGUCAAUGUGCAUAACUAUUCACCCACCUAAAGUCAAUACUUUGUAGAAUCACCUUUUGCGGCAAUCACAGCUCCAAGUCCCUUUGAAUAAGUCUCUAUGAGCUUGCCACAUCUUGCCACUGGGAUUUUUGCCCAUUCCUCCUUGCAAAACUGCUCCAGCUCCUUCAAGUUGCAUGGUUUGCACCUGUUAACUGAAAUCUUUAAGUCUGACCACAGAUUUUCUAUUGGAUUGAGGUCUGGGCUUUGACUAGGCCAUUCCAACACAUUUACAUGUUUCCCCUUAAACCACUCAAGUGUUGCUUUAGCAGUGUGUUUGGGGUCAUUGUCCUGCUGGAAGGUGAACCUCUGUCCUAGCCUCAAAUCACGCACAGAGUGGUACAGGUUUUGCUCAAGAAUAUCCUUGUAUUUAGCACCAGCCAUCUUUCCCUCAACUCUGACCAGUUUUUCGUGUUUCACUGUGGGGAUGGUGUUCUUUGGGUGAUUUGAUGUGUUGGGUUUGAGCCAGACAUAGCAUUUUCUUUGAUGGCCAAAAAGUUAAAUUUUAGUCUCAUCAGACCACCUUCCUCUAUACAUUUUGGGAGCCUCCCAUAUGCCUUUUUGAAAACUCAAAACGUGUUUUUUGCUGAAAGUAAUGGCUUUCUUCUAGCCACUCUGCCAUAAAGCCCAACUGAAUGGAGCCUAUGGCUUAUUGUCGUCCUAUGUACAGAUACUCCAGUCUCUGCUUUGGAACUCUGCAGCUCCUCCAGGGUUAUCUUAGGUCUCUGUGCUGCCUUUCUGAUUAAUGCCCUCCUUGCCUGGUCCAUGAGUUUUGGUGGGCAGUCGUCUCUUGGCAGGUUUGCUGGUGUGCCAUGUUCUUUCCAUUUGGUUAUGACAGAUUUUAUGGUCCUCCUGGGGAUCAUCAAAGAUUUGGAUAUUUUUUUAUAACCUAACCCUGACUUGUACUUCUCAACAACAUUGUCCCUUACUUGUUUGGAGUGUUCCUUGGUCUUCAUGGCAGUUCACUAUUGGUUAGUGGUGUCUCUUGCUUAGGUGUUGCAGCUUCUGGGCCUUUCAGAAAAGAUGUGUAUAUGUAAUGACAGAUCAUGUGACACUUAGAUUGCACACAGGUGGACAUCAUUUCACUAAUUAUGUGACUUCUGAAGGUAAUUGGUUGCACCAUAGCUUUUUAUUGGCUUCAUAACAAAGGGGGUGAAUACAUACGCACAUGCCAAUUUUCUGUUUUCUAUUUCUAAAAAAUAGUUUCAUGUAUAUAUUUUUCUAAUUUCACUUCACCAAUUUAGACUAUUAUGUUCUGAUCCAUCAUAUAAAAUUCAGAUUAAUAAAACAUAGAAAUUAAGGCUAUAAUGUAACAAAAUAGGUAAAAAGUCAAGGGGGGGUGAAUACUUUUGCAAAGCACUGUAACCGCUAAAAAUCUACUGACUUUCUGUUCUGCAAAACUAUUUAUACCCUACCUCAUCUUCACCAGGUUUGAUUGCUGUACCUCUCUCCUACUUGGUCUUCCUACACCCCUACAGUGUGUCCGUCACCCAGGCUUCUUCUUGUACCCUAUAUCCAACUUUUCUCUACAAAUUCAAAUUCAUUUUCAGCAAAUGACACAACUAGGUCAAUUCUCUUCUACAAUAAACACUCUUAAAUAUCACCUCCGCUGCAGUUCCACUUGAGCAGGCGUCCAUCCUGACUUCUUGCUUUUUACCAGCUAACUCUAUCAGGGCUAUUUACUAAAGUGAGAAUGCAAAGUGAAUUUCAAAUAUAUAACCAAACUGAAAGCACGACCAACUUUAUUUUUAUAUUUUUCCAGUUUGGCUGUAUAUUUAUAUUAAACUUUUUUUUUUAUUUGAAAGUUUUUAUUGUUUCAAUAAGGCAGAUGGUGUACAGAAAGGAAAAAGGGGGGAGGGAGUGAGGGGGAAGGGUACCAUCCAUUAUUAUUGCACAGCAUUAUACAGAUAGCCAUUGUACAUAGAACAUUUCAGUUGGUUAGUGUAUGUGCUACAAAAACAAGUAUGGUAACGUCGUCUAUCGUUCAACCAUAUCUCAACAUGGUUCGUGACUAGAGCAUAAAGCAAACCAGCUCAGAACAGCCUUAGGUAUUUUAUCAUUUUGUCGUUACAAGGUUUUGAGGGUUAUCAGAUCUCCAUGUGUUCCAAAGGUUCCAAGCCGCAGCAUAAAGUUUGGAGGGGGAGAAUAUGGUUCGAUAAGAUUUUUUGUAUGUGUUGUUUGUCCAAGGCUUUAAGCAAUUUUGAGAUUGUGGGUGCUAGUGGGGAGUUCCAAUCUCCUGCAAUCAAUUGCUGUGCCAUUAAAAGAAUAUAUAGUAUUAUUUUCUUUUUACGUUUUGGUGGUGGUGGUUGGAUACCUAACAGGAGAAACGUUUGGGGUGUAAAGGGCAGUGAGCAAUCCACCACCUGCACUAUUAUUGUUUGCAUAUUUCUCCAGUAGGAGGUCAAGGCAGUGCACUGCCACCAAACAUGGAGCAUGUUGCCUUCUUCUUUCUCGCAUCCUCAACAUUUGGGAAAUGUUGGGGGGUAAAUGUUGUGCAGUUUGUGUUGAAUUUUAAAUUCACUUAGAAUUCACUUUGGAUUCUUAUUUUAGAGAAUAACCUUGUUUGUCUCUAUUCUUUAAUUUACCUACUGUAUACGCAUUGACUUCUAAUCUCUCCACAUGCAAUGGAUAGUGAUUGUAAAACAUUGCUUCUAGAUUCUAUGUUCAUCACACUCGCCGUGUAUGGUAUAAUACUUGUUAAGCAAUAUUCCUUAUUUUUGCACAGUUGUAUCUUCUCCUGCAACAUUUUGCCUCAAUGCACAAUUUCCCUCUAGAUUGUAAGCUCACUGGCAAGGUUCUCUUACCCUUUUGUUUCAAUGUGCCUGAAUGUUUAUCUCCUGUUUGUAUAAUUACCAUUGUUAUGUUUGCAUACAUUGUAAAGCACUCUGGAUACGAGCACUAUAUAAGAAAUUUUAAAUAAAUCAAAUAAAUAUAAAAGGUGUAUCCCAUGAUUAUAUACAAUAUAUAACAUUGUUAGACUAUUGUAAUAGUUUUAUGACCCGUAAACAAGGCUUCACUGUCUUAAAGGGACCCUAUAGCGCCAGGUAAACAAACCCGUUUUCCUGUUACUAUAGGCUCUUGGAAUGCCCCCUCCCUCAGGGCCUCUACCUCGGCUCUGGAGGGGUUGAACCCCGCCAACGUCCAGAGGCCAGAGGGAUCUUAUUUGAUGCUGGACUCCAUGUAAAUUGCGGAAGCGCCUCUUGUGGCUGUCAGGGAGACAGCCACUAUCGGCUGGAUUAACUCUGCAGUCUAAACCUGCCAUGUUUUCAACUGCAGGGUUAAAACCUGGGGACCUGGCACCCAGACCACUUCAUUGAGCUGAAGUGGUCUGGGUGCAUAUAGUGGUCCUUUAUUGUAAUGUUAGUCUGUUGCUUUGCCAAAGUCUUGCCUCCAAUCUAUUUUCAUUUACAGGAGCCCAAAGCACAAAGUACAUACAGGGAUUUUCACUAAAUUUAGAAUUCAAAGUGACUUUAAGAUUUUAGGCCAAGGUAGCUGAGCUGAACGCAUAGCUGACUUAGAGGUUGUUACAGUUUGCCUAUUUUGCCAAAAAAUUUAAAUUCACAUUGAAUUCUCAUUUUGAAUAACCCUGAUAAGUUUCUAAAAAUACUGACAUCUCUCUCUCAGUUAAUUCCAACUUUCUCAACAGUCAGUUAUCUUUCAGUGUAAGAGUUACUAUGUAAACAGCUAGUGUGUUAAUAUAUUCUUUUAUGUGUAAUGUAGAACUGUUAAUAUUUUGCUGGUUUAGUUACAGUUCCUGGCAUGUGGCUUUGACUGGUGCCGUGAUCCUAGUGUCAAUUGUUUUAUUAUCGCGUCUUCUGGUCUCUCAAAAGCCACCAAAGGAUCCUUUAUUCCAUGGUACGUACGGGCAGGCGGGUACUUGAGUUCUAAUACAGCAAAGCAUUCAUAAUGCAGCUGGCUUUACUAACAGAUGUGAAGAAGGACUGGUCUGGGUUAUUCACUAAACUCGAAAUUGAAGCUUAUACAAGCAAAAUUCAGCGCACAAAGUUACUAGUGCAAGGUUGGAGGGUUUUUUCUGAUGUUUUGCAAUUUAGAUUUAAUUCGCUGGUGAAUAACUGAAUGUAAUUAUUCCCUUAUUAAUCACACAUCUUGAUGUUUAACAAUGUGUAAUUCCUUCUUAUAAGAACUAUUUCUUGUCCCUGUUAGAGUUAAUUUACUUGACUGAUCAUCUCACUAUGUAGGGGUUAGUGUCACCUUGAAAGUUUAUUUAAGAAUUUAUUGACUAAACAGUGAUUUAGAGCUGAGUAACAGGGACAUUAUUCCCUAUAACAAAGCAGUAGAUGUCCUACUCCAUUCAAGUCAAUAGCAACAGCUGAAAGAAACAUACAUCUUAUGCAUCACAAGAGUUAGUGUACGCAGGAUACUGUGGGAUCCUCCGUAGAUCUCAGUGUCGUACUCUCGCGCAUGUAUGGAGGAUGAAAUGCCAGAAGUUAAAGAAAGAAGAUGGCGGUGUAUGCAAAGGGGGAGCAUCAGUCAAAUAUAAUUACCCAUAACCUCACCAAUAGGCUCCUGUCAAUCAAGUGGGUAAUUUUACCUUCGGGGCUCUUUGCUAAAUAUAUAAGAAACCACAAAAGUGACAGAGUUUCUGUUAUUUUUAUGUUUUUGUUGUGGUAAAUUUCCAGCUAGCUUGUCAUGUGAUUUAUUAUUUGUUAUCAAGUCACUCUAAUCACCAUAACAGCCAGUGUUUAUUGCAUAGGUCCCCUAUCACCAUAUCACUGGGCAUAGUAGUUUAUACUGAAGGGAUAGGCACUCCAGAUGUUGUGGACUACACCCCCCAUAAUGCAAAGCAUUAUGGGAGGUGUAGUUCAAAACAUCUGGAGUGCCAAAGGUUGCCUAGGCCUGUUAUACUCUAACGGCAACUAUCUGCAGACAUAUCUGUAUUUUUUAAGAAAUCCCUUUUCUUAAAGAUGGUAGAGGAAGUUUUACUUCUUCCUUGGUGGUUCAUAAUGCGUCCAAACUGUGUGUACAGGAUGCACACACUGGGCAAGUAAGAGCUGUGUCGCUCCCUACCUCCUCUCAGAGGCCAUGCUGUGUGCAUUCUCAAUCAGUAGCUCGAGUGUAGAAACAUUUUCACAAGUCAUUGAACAGGUUUACAGAUAAGAUGUUACCUUCCACAAUAUGACUUGGGACCAAGACCCAUCCCACUUUGUUGUUCAACCCACUGACCCCAUCCAUCCUCUAGACAGGAAAUGAUCCAUCUGCCCUCUCCUUCCGCUUAGGCAACAAUUGAUCCUGCUGCCUACAUUUUUAUAAAGAUGCUUUUUGGCUUUGAGGCCUACAGUUCGUUCCCUACAGGUUUUACCACUCUGUAGCUGAUCCAAAAUACCAGGGAGCAACCACUAGAUAGCCCUUAGGCUCUGCCACUGGGCUUCUGGAAAGAACAUGAUUAGACACUAUUUCAGGAAUUUUAUUAUUAAAAAUUAUUUUUAAACUGGGAUUAACAUUUAACAAUGCUACAUUUAACUUAUAUAACGUAUACAAAACAGUGCAGAAACAUAAAUAUAUAUUAAAACAUAGAUCUAACAACUAAAAUACUAUAAAAUAUAUAACAGUGACACCGGGGAGCAUCAGAGUAAACAAAUAAAAUUCAUAUCCCAGUGAUUCUCCAGGAAUUCGACAUAAUGUGCAAAUCAGGGCUUUACCCAAUAGAUAGCUAUGCAUCAUCCAUUGUCUUUGUAAUCUGGGUUUCUUAAAUUUUCAGAUACAUUAUUAGGGUUUAUUAGGUUACAGACUGAUAUUAUUAACAGUUCCACUAAUCAAAUCUGACGAGUGCGACUGCGGCUGGGAGCUUAUUAGAUAACCCAUAACCAACUCCUGGACAGACAUUUAUAAAAUAAGAUAAAAACUAUUAGACCAGUUUGAGCAAUGGUGGCUGGUGAAGUUUAAAAUUGGUAUAGCACUUCUCCCUGAUUUGUCAGGCUCUACCCAUUAAACCCCAUGGGAUGUCAUGCCCAUGAGAUGUUGAGGUGAACAGUUAUAAUCAAGACAGACACAUGUUUUUCUUCUAAUACACAGCGCUAUCAGUAGUAGUUCUUCCAAUAUCAGUAGGUUUAAUUUUUCUUAUUGGAACAAAAACUGGGGGGAGGGUGCUACCACAUCUUCUCCUAUAGACCAACCUCCACUGAGUUUGGGAGUCUUUUGAUUGGCGGAGACUCUUACUGGUCUGGGUUAGGACUCUUGUGUUUGAUUUACCUGUGUAUGUGAAGCAGAUUUAUUGUAUUUGCCAAACUCUGGUCUUGAAAGUGUUUAGAAUGAUACUGCACACAAUUUAUGCUAUGCUAAAAAAAAUCCCAUUGCCUGGGUCAUUGUAAUGUUUAGCAGGCACCUGUUUCAUGAAAAUUGGCAAAUCUCUUGAUUGAUUGAUGUGUCUAUGAUGUGUCUUUUCAUCAUCUUUUUUUAUCUCACGCAGUUUUCGCAGUAUUUUCUUUCAGCAGUGUGGUGAGUCUCAUUAUAGGAUUGGAGCAGGAUGGAUUGAUUGAUGGCUUCAUGACAUUCUAUCUCAAAGAGGUAACAAUAAGCCAGCUCUUGCAUUUGGUAAUCAGCUAGAUUUUUGUUUGCUUGUUUCAUUUUUAUAUAACAAUGUUAAUAAUAUCAAUAAAAAUGUAACCAGGAGGGGUGCAUUUAGCAGCUGGCUAUUUUCCAGAAACAUCCAGCAAUCUCUUUAUUUCCAUAGCUUUUGCCUUUUUUUUGGUUGGUGAUUGUAUACACAGGAUUUGUCACUUUUCAGUGUUUCAUAAAUAUAUAAUCUUAAUGAAAUACUGAUUAAGGCUGCGUUGGAAUUUCAUUGAAAUCCUUAAUAGACAUCAAUGUUGUAUUCUCACCACCCCUGCACCCUACGGCCACUGGACCCUCACUGGAUCUGUUACACAGGUCUUUGAGAAAUCUUCAAAGACCCUUGGAAUUAUUUCCUCUUUCACGCUGCGACAAAUAAAGUACAUGAACAAUACACCACAAAUACAAUAACAGGAGAAACAAACAUAACAUAACGAUGAAUGCCAUCCGAAAUUGAAACCGUGGAACCAGUGGGUGAAGCCUUGACCUUUAUCCUGUAGAGUAGUCGGAUCUAAGACCUGUAGCCAAACCAUUAAACUGAAACGAGAUAAACAGAGUCGAAAACACUGAUUAGCGAAUGAAAUGUACUGAGAAAACAUGAAUCCAUCGUAAAUACUAACUAUAAUAUCACAGAUAGUGAGAAAACCUGAAUCCCCAUCAUAAAAUACUGACGGUACCAUAUCCCAGAUAAACCUCAACUCCCCCAGUUAGCCAACCUAGCCCAGGAGACCAGGUGAUUAAACAACAAGUCAGUCAAACCAACAAACAAGGGGAGGGAGAAACUGGGAGGGAAAUAUUCGCCUCCUGUCAUUAAUAAAAUUAAGAUUAUAGUUACACUAAAGCUAGUAUAAUCUACAAUUUUAUAGCAAGACAGGAGGCUUCAUAUUUGCUGUUUUAACGCCUGGACAGCAAAGACCAAAGAAACACGAUCCGCCGUACCAACCUAAACUCUGCGAAGAUAGCUCCUCGUAACCGGGAGGAAAGCGUACGAUGUCUUGGAGAAAAAAAAACGCCUGCCAUGUAGGUACGCCGUGUUACAGACUGAAGUGAACCGAAAAAACCUAUAUGCCCCGCCAAUGCCAACCACAACCAAGCGGUACAAGAAGGGCGAGAAAAAGGGAAGAACCAUUUACUCAAACGGUGACAUCGAACACCACCUAAAGGUGGGAGCGCUACCAAAGUAAGAAUAUGACCCUCGGGUCCGACUAAGGCUGAUAGACAACUAAGGUCCGAACCGCCAAACCCAUCUGAAAGAAAAACAAGGUAUAAUAAUGGAAAUAAAUCCAGAAUCAUUGAAUGGGCAAAACCUGACAGAACCCACCAUAGGAGCAUGACAAAAAUGCGUGUACCCCCUGGGGAGAUGAAUACCCGUCCUCAGGAAUCGUAAAGGGAAUUCUAAGCAGAGCGAGGCCCGCCGACAACAGUCGUAUGCGCUACCUAAUCUUAUUAAUAUGGCAGUCCCCGGUAAUAAAGUGACCGAACAAUACCCGAACCCUGUAAAAGCAGUAGCAAAAUUACGACAAAAUUACUACGUCUGGGUCGCCAUGCAGACCAAAGUCUCACAAUCCCAGAGAUCAAAUGAGCAAGGGUCCAGGGACUCCAGGAACUAGGUUCGACUCUGCCGAAGCAGAGGGAAGCAUCCAUCGCUGAGCAAAUGGGUCCGUCAUCCAGCCAAACUGGUUGGGGCCUGAUGGGUCCUCCUCCGUGGACUAAAGUGUUGACACCGGGUCCUCCCAGAGAAAACUAUUCCAUACGUACGAGAACUCGGACAGAGGAGAGCGUAGGGGGCACCCCAUUGCGUCCAAUCCGCCCUCCAGGACUCCACUCCUUGAGACGUAGAGGAGGUCGAUAUUUCCCUGGUUGAAAACGAAAUCCAGGGUCUCGAACAAGGGAAAACGCAGGGAGCGUCUGACCUUUCGGUCUGGGAGGUACCUCGCAGGGGGUCCGGCAAGCCCGUCCAGGUAGACCGUACAGCAAGAUGUCCUAUAUCGACGAAGAGUCGCGUCCGGGUCCCAACGUGUGGAAAAUGAGAAAAAUCUCUUCAGAUAGUUCUGGUAUUCCUGAAUGUCCUCAAUUCCUUCCAACCUGCCAACCAGGUUGUAUUGUCGCCCAAAUGACUGAUGCACAAGAUACCUAUCUCACCAGGGAGAAAAUAGAGGACAUCUUACCAGAACUGGGCCCCACGGUCCCUAGAAGUUUCUUGAGGGCCGCGUCUAAUUCAAAGUAACUAAUGAAUAUACGUUCAAUCGUAGACUCGUGCUGGAACUACGAGGGGCUCAGAUCCCUUUAUUCCAAGCACCUCCACCUCCUAUCCUAAAUUGCGUUUAGGAUAGGGUCGUCUGCCACCGCAGACUCGGGGCCCCGUCUGGGAUGUCAUCCAAAAGUGGAGGCAAGUGUAAAAUUCCAGGUCAAGGGUCCAAUCCCCUAUAAAAGGUAUGGGUUGGAGCUGAGAUAAGCCUCCGUCAACUAUUUCCAUGUAAAAAAGGACACAUCUUAUACUUCCUCGUAUGUUCCGCUAGCACAACUCGGCUUUCCAGUGCGGACUUAAUAGUAUAGGCACUGCAGUGGGCCACACUCAGGAUCUCCUGAAUACGUUCAAUCGUAGAUUCGUGCUGGGACUACGAGGGGCUCAGAUCCCUUUAUCCCAAGCACCUCCAUCUCCUAUCCUAAAUUGCGUUUAGGAUAGGGUCGUCUGCCACCGCAGACUCGGGGCCCCUCCUGGGAUGUCAUCCAAAAGUGGAGGCAAGUGUAAAAUUCCAGGUCAAGGGUCCAAUCCCCUAUAAAAGGUACGGGUUGGAGCUGAGAUAAGCCUCCGUCAACUAUUUCCAUGUAAAAAAGGACACAUCUUAUACUUCCUCGUAUGUUCCGCUAGCACAACUCGGCUUUCCAGUGCGGACUUAAUAGUAUAGGAACUGCAGUGGGCAGAGACCAUUCCAAAGAAACCAGGUGAGCAAUGGAUCGAGGGUCAAACAGGGGUUCGUUUAAGGCGAUCCACGAGACGACCUCUUCUUCCACGGUCGUCGGGGCCCCUGUAGUGGACUUUGUUCUACAUCUCAUGGUGCCACUAGGGGCCGUCAUCAUAAUCCACACCCCCAUCGUCCUCUCCCUCCGAGGGGAACCAGUCCGCCCGCCAUUCAGCUAGGGCGGCCAUGGUGGUGGUGGUUUACGGGGACCUUCACCCCUGCGCCACAUAGGCAGUGUCGUCUGGCCGUCAAGGCCGAUCGUAUCGGAUCGGGUGGGGGGUGGAAGCAGAGGAUCUCGCUCGGCGGACGGAGCCGGCGGGCGGGAUCCAACACGUGGGAGCCGGCGGUCGGCAACGGAAAUCAGUCGGAGGUCCGCUUUCCGGCGCCCGCAAAACGGACGAAAAGUGAAGGGGGCAAAGCCACCUGGAAAAGGUAGAGGAAGGGAAAAAAGGAACCCCCCCAAACCUGAGAAAAAAACGAUCCCCAGACAGGGGGGCCCAAAACAGGAAAAUGCAGAAAAGUCAUAAGAGAAAAUACAUCCCUACAGCAAAAAAGUAGGGACAGAAAAAUACAAUCUAAAUAAAUAAAUCAUAACGGCAGUAGGAAGGUAAACACAUUCUAAACGAAUAAAUACUUGCAGCCAUAAGAAGGUAGAUGCAGAAAAACAGAGUAAAUAAAUCAAUCAAUCACUAGAGCACUAAGCAGGUAGGUGUAGAAAAUACAAUAUAGCUAAAUAAAUCAAUCCCUACAGCACUAAGUAGGUAGAUGCAAAAAUACCCUCUAAACAAAUAAAUCAAUACAGUAAUAAACAUAUAAAUACAGUAAAAUAUCCACAACCACCCAUAUAUAAGCAGGAGGCAGUGGUACUCUGACCUGUACUGACUGCAGAGCAGCAAAGAAAGAGGAAAUAGUUAUUUGGGGGAAGCCUUUUAUAGAUUCCUGAAUUAUUAUUUUUUUGUCUCUGGUGUUUUUCUCUGUGCUGCUGUGGAGUUCUAGUUAAGAGAGACUUAAGCAAAUAUGAAGCCUCCUGUCAUGCUAUAAAAUUAUAAUUACUACAUACAUACCAGAGAAAAAGUAUGCAAUUUCAGUGCGGUUGCUGGUUUUUGAAACAAGUUCUAAUAGAGUAGGAAGUUGCCUUCUAAUAGAGUAGGAAAUGAGCAUUAGCACAACCAAACAAGGAAUAGGGAGGUCAAAAUGAUACCCUUCUUUUCUGAAUUCACAAUAAGUUUGUCGAAACAGGACAUGAAAAAUCAUGGGAGCCAGGAAACAGUGAAUUCUUCUAAUAUUAGUCUUACAAUAUUAGAUCAGUGCAAAUCACUCUGUAGGGGCCCGGAGAACAUCCCUGCAAUCUUUUGUUUAAAUUACUUAGCAGACCGACAAGCUAGGACUUUAAAUGGAAGCUUGUAGCUUCCCCUACCAGUUCGUUCAGUCCUACUCUUUCUAAUUCUCAGCACACUUUACGUAGCACCAAUCUUCAGAGACACCCUUUGGACCUUAAAACCAUAAUUUCUGGCAUGCAGAUCCUAAAAUUCCUUCUACAUCAGCAAUGACUUACCAACUAGUUGGAAUGAGUUGGAAUAAAAGCUGAAAAGGUGUAAUACUCGUAUGCUUUCGUCGAUGGAGUAGGGCGACCCGUUGUUUCAGCGGUGUUCGGCAGAAAAAGUGUCCGUUUUUAGUUCCAUGAAAUCAGUGCCGAACACCGCUGGUCUUUCGUGUGUUUUAAAAUGGCCGCUGCCUCGUGGUUGACAUACGAACGACGGCCACCCUGAAUUCGGUUUAAUUGAGAAGUGUCUGCAGUUAACCACAACGUUCUAAUUGGGAUCAAAAGGUUAACCAGCAGCACACUUCUAUCCUGGGUGGCCAUCCGUUCGGUAGAUUUGUUCGGUAAAAAAGAGUAAUUCGUAUGGCUGGGCUAUGGAAACAGCCAUUUACACGAACGAGGGCAGAAAUAACCGAAUCCACCACAAUAAACAGACAGAUGGUUCUGUCACAACCCAGUUGGCUUUAUUGACAGAGCAAGAUUUCUGUCUGAAACGUUGUGUAAUAAAUACCGUAAGAAACAUGGAUAGGGAGCACAUUUAUGUUAUUAAAUCACUGAGAAAAAAUGGGUUAAUUACCCCGUUAAAUGUAAAUGUUAGAAGGUUGUCCAUCAAGAGUAUAAAAUUAAUGAAGUAAAAAAAACGGUGUCCUGUAAAUCACUGGGGUAUCUGGUUGUGAUAUAAAUAGCAUUUAAAGGAGCACUAUAAGAUCAAGAACACAAACAUGAAUUCCUGACCCUAUAGUGUUUAAACCACUAUCUAGCCCCCUUGGCCCCCUUUGCCUCCCUAAAUAUAGUAAAAUCUUACUUGUAUUCAAGUCUGAAGCUGCCCGUGAACUUCCUCUGACCUCUGACAUCAUCAAAAGUGGUGGCCUGAUCCAAUCACAAUGCUUCCCCAUAGGAUUGGCGGAGACUGACAAAGAGGCAGAUCAGGGGCAGAGCCAGCACAAUUCAAACACAGCCCUGGCCAAUCAGCCUCUCCUCAUAUAAAUUAAUUGAAUCAAUGAAUCUCUAUGGGGAAAGUUCAGUGUCUGCAUGCAGAGGGAGGAGACACUGAAUGUUUGGAUGCAUUUUAGGCAGCCAUGACCCAGGAAGGAUCUCUAACAGCCAUCUGAGGAGUGUCCAGUGAAGUUAUCACUAGGCUGUAAUGUAAACACUGCAUUUUCUCUGAAAAGACAGUGUUUACAGCAAAAAAGCCUGAAGGUAAUGAUUCUACUCACCAGAACAAAUUCAAUAAGCUGUAGUUGUUCUGGUGACUAUAGUGUCCCUUUAACAUUUGCUUUUUAGGCGCUAAUGUGUACUCAUAUAACACGUAUAUGUCUGCACCAUUGACUCUUAAUGCUUACAUCAACAUAUAUAUUUAUCAAGUAUAUAUAACACCUCCACAAGGGUGGUAUGCAGACACUACUCCCGCCAUAUAACCACAGUCAGAGCUAGUGCAAGGACUUUGGUUACUCAGGAAAACACGCAAUUCUCCCACACACUAUUCCUGUUCUUUAUAUUCCUUAUACUACUCACCCUCUUCACCCCCUUUAUUGUAUGGCUCCUCACGAACUUAUUGUAAGAAUGCUGCUACAGAUGUCUACUAUGCCUUGUUGGAAACCCCCUAAUUGGGGGGUGGGGUUACCCCCCCCCCCCCCCUGGGGCCCCCUAAGGCUGCUGUUUGGGCUGCCAUGCACUUGUGUCGGACCAGAUUUCAGUACAAGCAAGAAAUAUGUUUUAUAAAACAUAUAAAUAAAAAUCAUAUGCUUUGUUUAAGUACAACUUUUAUAUGAUGCAUAUGAUAUUGUCGUAUAUAACAGUUUGCAAAGUCAAACUGUAACAAAUAAAUUGUGAAAAGGCUGUUAGUGAACACAAAAUAUUGCUGGGCAGCUGUGUGAAAAGCAGGAUUGUGGAUUUAUAGAACUAAGUUCCACGGAGCUGGUUUUAAACAGUGUGUAUCAGUUUUCUUCUUUCCUUGUAGAGGAAAAUAUUUUAAUCCACCUCCCAGCUUUCACUGUUGAGCCCUUUGUGAUCCAGAAAAUAAAUCUUACAAUCUCUUGUAUUUAUUUCACAAUGGAAAGUAUUUUACAUCUAGUGCAGAUUAUGGAUUAAUGAUGUUAUUCUUAACAUUAUUACAAAAGAGCAGGGAGAUUCCAAUCUAACAUGGCGGGUUCUGUAUAAUAAAUCUAAAUCUUAAACACAACACAAUAUUGUAUUCACAAUUUCCAAAUCCCCAAUACUGGACAACUCCAAUGAGAAGACAAACCAGGAUACUGACACCAACCACGUUCCUAUCUUAUUUGUCCUUCAAUCACACUGUGUUCCUUCUUAAAGGAAUACCAUAACAUUAGAAAUUCACAUAUGUAUUCCUAAUGCUAUAGUGUCUUAUGCACUAUUUAGGUGACCAGCCUCCUCUAGAAGCGUAAAAUAGGUGCUUUGGUUACCAAAAGCAUUAGAAGGCUAUUGCGCAUACACAGCAAAACGCCGCAUACUGACAAUCAAGUAGUCUCUAUGUAGCCAUCUGAUUUAAAUAGUCAAGUUUCACUUAGCUAUUUUGAUAGUUCUUGUACUAUGUCAAUGUUUUCAGUUGCAGAAUUAAAGCUACAGGGACAUGGCACCAAAAGCAGCCCUGGAAAAAAAAACUACACCAGCCCAAUAAUGCGUUGCGCCAGCAUAGUGUGCUGAUAAAGAGGCGGAAAUAUAAAUUAAAAUUGAAAACAAAAAAACUAUUACUCCAACGUGAAAGAAAGCACUCAUAGAUCUUCAAAAUAAACAAAAGAGCCAAUUUAUUUUAAGCAGAUAUACAUUUGCAUAUGAUCAAUGUUUCAGUCCAACUACCUUGGAAAGUUUGGUAAUGGGACUGAAAUUGUGAAUGUAUGCUGUUGCACAGCUGUAAAAAUAAAAUUACGUUAUUGUGUUUAUUUUGACGUCCUAUGAGUGUGCUCUUCACUUUGACUGAGAUCACCUAGGAAAGCAUUGAGAGACCAUUGUGCAUGUGUGGCAAAAUGUUGCGCCACGCCACACCAUGCCAAUUAGCAUCUUCUGGUAGAGAUGCAAUUAAUCAAUGCAUCUCUAUGGUUGAGUGUUCAACAUAGGUGCUGUACACUGUGCAGCACUGGAUUAGGAAGUACCUCUAGUGGCCGCCAGAGUGACUGCCACUAGAGGAGUUUCUAGGCAGCAAUGUAAACACCGCCUUUUCUCUGAAAAGGUAGUAUUUACAGUGCUCAGCCUGCAUGGACAGACUAUAGACACCAGAACCACUACAUUAAACUGUAGUGGUUCUGGUGACUACAGUGUGCCUUUAAUAAGACAUCUUUCUCUUACCUGUUAAUCAACUCUUUGGCAUAGAGUCCUUUGCUGAAGAACUGAGUUACAGGGACAGCAGGAGACACAGGUGAAGAUGCAUUCCCUCCCACCACAAAAAAAUGCAUCUUCAACUAUUUCUCUCAACCGCCCUUCUGAAUUACCUGCCCCCUUUUGUGUUUCUUAUCCACUGUUUUGAUCGUCUUAACCAGCUUUAGUAUAUCUUAUCUCCCAUUUCCCCCCUUUGUGUGUGUUACACCCCUCUUAUGCGCCUCUUACAACACCCUUUGUGAAGAUUUUGCUUCCUCGCAGCCUCUUUGUGUCUCUUUUCCCCUUCUCCAGCUCCUCUGUAUGUCUCUUUCCCCCAGUCUUUUUUGUGUGUCUUUCUCCAUGUGCCUCAUACUCCCUCAGCCUCUCCAUGUUCUCAUUUCCCCUUCCGUCUCCUUUGUGUGUCUCCUAGUCCCAGCCUCUUUGUCUCUUUCUCACCUUCCCUAGCACUUCUGUGUGUCUUUCUCCCCUUCCCAGCCACUCUGUGUGUCUAUUAUUCCCAUUUCCCAGCCACUCUGUGUGUCUCUUUCUCCAAGAAGCAUCUUUGUGUGCCCCCCAUCCCUCUGUGUCUCCCCCCUACCCCUCUGUGUGUCUUUUUCUCCCCCUCAGCACCUAUUUGUGUCUAUGUGUCGUUUUCUAUCCCCAGCCCCUUGAUGUGUCUCAUCCCCCCCACCAACCCUAUAUUUGCCUUAUUUAUAUAUUAUUCCACCCUAGUCCCUCCAUGAAUCUCAUACCGAAGUAUGCUUUAUACGGAAGCAUGCACCAUAUAUAUACUGUUCAAAAUGUGCAUUCAGCCUCCAGAGGGGGAUUAACUGAAAAGAGAGUUUACUCCUUGGCCCCUGGUCUAGGGCUGAUAACAGACUCUUUGAGCCCCUUCCUGCUAUGGCACUGAGCACUGGGAGAGCAGAGUGCUAAAACCUCCUCCCAAUGCCGGUAACCCCACAAUCAAGUUAUCCCCAGAUAGCUCAACCCUCAGCUACCCUUGGUCCAAAAAGCACUCUUAUUGUCCAUACCAUGUUCAUUUGCAACCCAAAGGUUUGGCCUGCCGCGACUUUGUUCCUAUCCAAUAUAUAGUUCCAUGCAGCCGGUUCCAUACCACCGAGUCACUUGCUGAUCUUUAGUGGGUAAAUUUGACUACUGGGUAGCUAAGGUCUUGGGUGUUCCAAUAGACUGUGCCUGCUUAGAAGAAGAUAGAGCCCUAGAGGGAAUAAACAGUACUUUCUGUGCACACAAAUGUGUCUUCAAUGUUUAAUUUGUUGGUCUGAAAGGAUGUCACCAUUCAUGUUUUCUGCCCAUAAUAUCAUUUAUAAUGAGUGUUAGAGUAGUAAAGUUACCAUGACCUAUAGGGUGGUCUGUUAAAUGUGCUAUUUUUAGGAAACAGAUGACAUAAUAGAUCUGCUCUGCAAUGUCCCCUACAGACUUCAACACAUCCACUGUAAUCUGAGGGAAAUAACACUGGAUUACACACUAAAUAAACCUCACCAGAGUAUCCGUGCAUCCAACAGAGUCAUUAAAAGUCAUGUUGAAAGUAGAACUCCAUCAGUUUUAUUUUAAAUAGGAACUCAUUCAAAGUGGGCCAGUGGAACCUAUGGUUGUAUGAGGGUCACGGUCAGGCACAUUCUAAAUGGGUUGUUGGUUUUUUUUAUCUGGGGGAAGGGACAGUUUGUUGAUUCUCAUAUAUGGUGCUUUGCGUAACACCCUGCAGAAACACUACCAGCAAGAUAAAAAACACAUGAAAGUUAUGAAAGUUACAAAGCAUUUUGCCCACUAACCUUCCACUACCAGAGACACUAAAUCUCUUUAAAAAAAAAAAACAUUAUAUAUGUGUAAGAUUCUGUGAUGCAUGCAUCAUAAAUACGCAUUCCAUAUUGCAUUUACUUUUGCCUAUACAAGUUGUUUUCAAAUGCAUUAUAGAGGCAUAUGUAAUGGAACACAGGUUUUAUCCUCCUUAAUUAACAGAAAACAUCUUUAUUUCCCAGAGUGAACCUUAUCUGAACACUGCCUAUGGCCACAUGAUCUGUUACUGGGAUGGCACAGCCCACUACCUGAUGUACUUACUCAUGGUGGCGGCGAUUGCCUGGGAGUAAGUGGAUCUCAUCAUAAACAAAAUUCUAAAUUCCAUGAUAAAAGCAGAGUUGUUUCCUACCAAGAUGUAGUAUAUGUUCAUGUCAUAAAUAAUAAACCGAAAAAAUAACCAAAUUUAUGCUUCUCCAACAAACAAUGUUCAAUGUCACUUGAUGAUUACCGUUUUCAUAUUCUGUUGCCGUACUGGUAAUAAGAUAUGCAGACCCUUCACAAAUGUAAUUUCAAACAAAAUAGAAGUCAGCUUUCUACAAAUUACAGAUUUCUCUGUGUUUUGAUUUUUCUCUUUAUGCUUAAAGAAACUCCUAUAAAUUGGUAUCUAUUAAAAAAGUAAUUAAGUCAGUGUAAUGGCAUUAUAUUAACACAAAUAAAGUGUAAUUACAGCUUGAUGGUGCUGUUUAACUGUUUUAAAAAACAAACAAGCAGAAAAAACAUGGUAACAAUAUAUAUAUAUUUUUUUUUUAAUUUAUAAUUUUUAUUGUAGCAUAGCAUGUGUAUAGUUAUCAUCUCUCAUAGUUUUGCUACAUUGUAAAUGCAACCUUUGCAUACAGUGUCACAGGUAGCAGGUAAUAACAGUCUAGGCAAAGCAUAGGUACAGUGAUAUACAAAUAGUUAUACAUAAGAUUUCUAGUUGUGGUUGCAUGGUAUUAGUAAGAAAAAUUAACAUUUGCUUGUUGGAGAUAGCUUCCUUUUGGGGGGGGUAUGAGCGAACUGGGAGGUACAUGGCAAUGCGGUUCACGGGUGGUCUAUUGGGCUGCGGGCCCGCUGGAGAAAUAUUGUUAAAGUGGGAUCGGACAUAGAGCAAUGUCUGGGUAUGAUAGCCUAAGGGGCAUACAUCUGUGACACGCAGUCCAAGUUAUAAUGUACUUGCGAUAUUCAGGUUUUCGGCUGAGGGGUGGCCGCAGCACCGCUCGUUCUUGGGAAAAAGGGUUGGAUUCUCUUGACGUCCCAUAUCCUGGAUAUGUUCACUGGUGUCUUUGCUGCGGAGGUAGUGCUUGUAGUGGCCUCCAGGGAUAUUCCCAAGGUUUGCAGAAAUGCUACAGAGUCACUUGCUUGGGUGAUGUGUACUCUUUUGCCUUCAUUGCUGACAGAGAGCCUGCACCCUGGUCCCUAUCUGUAUUGUAUCCCCUUGGCUCUCAGUAGUUGGGUGACUUCUUUCAUGGAGUGUCGCCAUGUGACUGUUGCCCUAGAGAGGUCAUUAUAGAAAGAUAGCUCAGAACCUCCAAACUCAUAUGUGUUAGUUUCUCGGGCUGCUUCUUGUACUAGUAGUUUGCCCCGGAGAGAUUGAAAGCAGAUAAGUAGGUCCCGUGGGAUGUCAGCUGGGGCUCUUGGUGGUUUAGGUAUGCGAAAGUGAAACUCCAGCAGGAUGGAUUUUGCUUUAGCUUGUAGUAGCAGGGAGGCUAGUAAUCUGCGUAAGUAGUGUGUGACCUCAGGGUCUUGCACAGCCUCUGGUAUCCCCCUUAUCCUGAGGUUUCGCUGGCGCUUAGCGUCUUCCAGUGCCGCCACUUUAUUUUCUAAUAUAGUGCUGGUUUUCUUCAUUUGGGCCAUUUCCCUUUGCAGGGUUUCAAUUUUGGCUGUUGUGGCAGCUUCAUUCACCUCCACAGCCUGUAUGCGGGCUGUCGUGGCACCCAGAUCUUCCCUGAUUAGAGCCACGUCUGCUGCUGAUUGGGCUUUGAGCUCCUUGAGCAGAUGGAUGAUGUCUGCUUUGCUUGCCGGCAUUUGUUCAGGAGGUGGAGUACUCUCCCAUCUAGUGCUCCUUGCUUCAGCGGCCUCCUCCAUACUGUCAUCUGAGGAGUGAUCUUGGCAGGCCGCGGCCGUGGCAUUGCUCUGAAUAAAUCGCCGAUAUUUUGAGAGGACAGCAUCGCCUCGUUAUGGAGCUGCUUGGAUUUGCGUCCCAUUGUGUUCUGACCUGCGUUGGUAGUGAUUGGGCUUUACGGAACUGCCGAUUUCGUCCUUUGUAAGUGGAUUUCUCCCGGAGCUCAGUGCUCGUACGUCUGCUUGGGUAGCUCGCUAGCUCCGCCCCCCCAACAAUCGUAACUAUAUUUUAAUGUCCAUACUAAAACCAGGGGUACUCAGAGGUUAGGGGAAUAGUUAAGUGAGCAGUCAGUCAUCAGUCGAACAAAUUGUAGGGUCCACAGGGGUUAGCAGGGGUUUAGCUGUACAGCCACUCUCUGAGGUUACAGAGUAUGACGAGUGUGACACCUUUAUAGCAUUUCUAUAACAACGAUCUGCACAAUGACAGUUUAAUGUUUAAUACUUUAAUAUAUAAAGCUGAUCAGUAAAACCUUAUCUCGUUGCUUUGCUGCGAACCAUAGAAUGCCAAUGUCUGUUUAGAAACGUCUAUAAAACUAAACAAUGAAUUGGAUACUAAACAGAAAAAUGUCUUACACACCUGUAUAUCAACUGGACAAUAGCCACCAUUUAUAAUUUAGGUAUUCAUUACAGAAAUGUGGAAGUAAAUACCUUGACCACAACCUUACAGGAAUUUUUUUAUCAAUAUGAAAAUUGGAUUUCUCAAGAGAUAAUUGGUUGCUAGUUUGGCAGAUUUAGUGGACUGGUUAUUUUGUUAACGUUAACCUUUGCUUUUUUUUUACAUCAGUGGGUAAUUGCUAAAAUGUGCUGAUGAGUAAAACAGAAAAUCUGUACAUUUUAAACAAUACUGACUUAUUUAAGGUUGGUUAAUUUAAUGUUUAAUGUAAUGUUAAAUUGUAUUAGAUUAUUUCUGAUAAAAAAAAAAAACAUAACAAAAAAAAAAAGAAAAAACUUCCCCUCUUUUUUUUCAGUCAAAACUACAGAACCAUUGGACUUUACUGGUUUGGUUCGAUUGUAAUGAGCAUGAUUGUGUUUAUUCCUGGAAAUAUCAUUGGUAAGUAAAUUACGUAACUGUUUUCUUUGUGAUUGUUCAUGUAUUGUUUUACACUAAAAGGAGAUGUACAGGGGAUAAUAAAUCCCUUGGCUAGGUUUUCUUCAAUAUACAUAUGACCAUAAGGUAAUUGUUCAGUUGGGCAAUCAUAUGGUCAUCUGGGUUGUAGUUUGUCAGUUCUCAUAUUAUAUAUGUAACGUUACAGCACCUAGGAAAAUACUUUGUGCUAGAAGAAGCAAUGAGCAGGUCUGGUGGCAAAAUGAGAAGCUAGUCACUGAACUGGUAGCCCAGUUGAUCAUAAGGUUGAGGGUAUUGACCCACGGGAGACCCCCAAUGUAAAUGGGAACAGAGGUGAGGGAUACAGGUCCACGCUGAUGGACUCAAUGUGUUAAGUGCCAAUGCUGAGACAGAUGACAGGUCACAGGGCCUGUUUUGAUAGAGUUAACAUUCAUUAUGGAUAGUGAGAGGGGUUGCAUCUUGGGUUGCUGGGUUAUUUAUAUAGAUUCAGCCAGGGAUUCAUCCAAAAACACCCACUGGUGUCCUGGGAGUCAAUUAUGGCUGUAAUCUGUUGUAGAUUAUUGACCCCUGAAGGGACAUAGACAUGGAAAGGUAAGUGAGGCUGGUGGAGAAGGUUAAAUAAUUCGAAAGAGAAGAAAGAUUCACAGGUGUCCAAGAUAGGACUGUUAGCAUAAAGCUAAUGGUGGGCCCCUGUUUAAUGCAGACCGGAUAACAGGAAGGUAACUGUUCUAACUCUGAUAAAGUUUGUGGCGUAUCCCAUGUUAUGGAUAAUUCCAAUUCAUCUUAAAACAAUACCACUCCAGUCCCAGCUGAUGUAGAGUUUGCAUUUGCCAAAUAGACCCGUCCUUUCCUCCUGCACUAAUUAUAGACUUUGGCUGCUGUAUUUUUAGCUUUUGAUUUUCCCUUUGGUAUUAUUAGGUGAAAGACAAACAUACCGUAUACAAAGCUGCAGCUCUACUAAAGAACAAACAGUUUCACUGUGUUAUAAAAAAGGUUUAUAAGGUGUCAAAGCAGUCAGCAGGAUUGUUGACCCCUACAUACUCCAUUUGUUCAGCAGUGCCAAGUUGACUAGUUGUAUAUCUCUACUGUAUAACUUGUUCAAUAUCUGGGGAUCUCAAAAGAGACGUGGCUAGCCAUUGCCAUUAGUUGAAUUCACUAUGUAAUACUUGUAGCCAUUCCCAGACAUUCCUACUAUUAAACUGAAUGUUUAUGUAACAUUACUAAACUUUCUGUUUGGCUUUGAUUAUAUUUAUAUGGAAUAUCUACCCCUUUAAUGCGAGACACUGUCUUUCUUUCAUUAUGUUAUUUAAAGGAACACUAUACUACAUGUUUUCUAAUGCUGUAGUGUUCCAGUAACUGUUUAGAUUUUCAGACCCCCCCCCCACUUAAAAAAAAAGCUGAUUUACUUGCCUUUAUUCUUCCAUUGCACUAGUCUUGCCCCCACCUCCUCCGUCAAUCCAAUGCUUCCCCAUAGAUAAUCAUUGGGUAACUAGUGUGUAUGUGCGCAAAUCGCCAUUCUGAGACAAACAACAUCUCAAGUCAUGGACUCCCUGCUGGAACUGUGUGUAUGAAAGUGCACCAUAUUUUCAAUAAACCAGUUCUUAUUCACCCUUCACUAAGUCUUGGCUAGUGUUUUGGUGAGGCAGCAAUAACAUCUAUAAUCACUCCAGGUGCCCAAUGCUGAAAGAGAAAGACACUUGACAGAGAGGCUCAAGCUGAGUUAGUAACAAUAGUAUGUAUAUGUGCUUCCAUCUCAGUAUUCAAACUCCAACACUGUACACAAAUAUACCCCUGUAUUCAAACGUAAACACUACCUACAGCCACAGCCCUACAUUCAAUACUACACACAAGAUAACCCCUGCUUUCAGAAUAGAAACAGUACAUAAAUACACACAACACUACAUGCAAACACACCCCUACACAUGUCCUUUAUACAAAAACAUUCGAACAUACAAACACUGCUCAGUGCUAAAUACAACCAUGCAAGGAUGUAGAGAUGGUAGGUCCCUUGCUGGCAAAUCAUUGUGGUAGUUGUAUGACAGAUGGGGAUCUACUUUUUGACCAUCCUUCCAUUCAGGAGGGGGCGGGGGGGGACAAAAAAUUCUUGCACAAGGGUGCUCUCUACUUCAAUUCCACCACUGAGACACAUAUAGGCCCACACAGAUACAGACAGGUAAAGAUGGGCAUACAGGGACAGGUACAGAAAAGCACAAACAGAUACAGACAGACACAGAUAGGUGCACAUAGGCACAUACAGGCAGACACAGACAUGUACACACAUGCAGGCACAGACACAGACAGGCAUACAGACACACCAUUAGAAAGGUCCCGUACAUUGCAGGGGAUGGGGAGAGGCAAGGCAGCAAGUCACUGUUUCAGGGCCGGCAGCCGUAAGCCUCCAACUGCCGGCCCUGGGCCUUGUUGGGCAGCUGCCUGGUCUCCUCAGCAGCUACUGCCAGGCUGUUCUGCUCCUUCUGCUGGUCUCUUCAGUAACCCAUAACUUGGGACAUUUUUUUUUUUAAAUAAGACCACCCCCAGUCUGAGCCACAGCUUGUCUCAGCUCGUUCAGCCCAUCUCAGGCUUCGCCAACACCUAAGACCUAAGUAACAAACGUGCUAAAACUAGGGAAUGACUGAGCAUGAGUCAUCUGUGAGCGGGAGUCGGGAGUGGUGAUAGAGACACACAGGAAAUAUGACACUCUAUCACUGCCCUCCUUCAGUACAAGAAGGUAAGCUAAACCUGUGCAUGUUUAGGCUGAAAGCCAUACAGGAGAAGAGGGUCAGCUUUAAGAUGUAUUUGGUUAUAAAUUACAGAGCACUAACGUGUAUUUGGAGGCUAGAUACAUAUACAUGAGUCAAGAAGAUAACGAGCCCCACAUUCAGGGCCCCCCCUAGCAAUUCCUCUGAUCUCUUCGGUCUACUAGUCUGGACUUUCCUUUUUAGAGUUAUAAGCUGUGAUCUCCAGAAAGAAAGUGCUACAGAGGCUUUGAGUCCCUUGGGACAUGGUGUUUCCUACUUAAAUAGAUAUUAAAUUCAGUUUUAUGAAUAGACUCUCCUAUUUUAUGUCAGAUACAGUAAGUAGAAAUAAAUCAUAACCCUUGCCUAGAAAUGUAAGCAAAGUAUUUAGAAUUCCAUUCUAUUUCAACCUCUUAAAAUCUGUCUUCGCCUUAUUUAAAUUUAGUCACUGUUGGAAGACUUGGAAUGGAAAGAAGAACCUUGUGGGGUAUUCUGGACUAACAGGCCCUAAACUUAUUUUUAUCUGCAAAUCUGGUUUUAUUUUUUUAAAAAUCAUUAUUUUAUUUACUUAUUUUAUAUCACGCCGGCCAUGUACAAAACAGAAGAAAAAAAUAGCUUUACAUCAUCGUCCGAGUUAGCAUUCUUGUAGUAAGAUGUAAUAAAAUAUUAAGAAGGCCAAAUAUCUUUCUCGUUUUAUAGAUAUUUUGCAUUCAUUUCGGGUUAACAACAGAAAGCUUCUGAAAGCUCUACUAACCUAUAUAAAACAAAGGAAAAUAAUAUUUUCAAUGCUUGGUUUUUAUCACUUGCAGGGUUAGUUACUAAAGGGAGAAUUCAAAGUGAAUUUGACAUUUAAAGGACCACUAUAGUGCCAGGAAAACAUACUCUUUUUCCUGGCACGAUAGUGCCCUGAGGUUGCCCCCACCCUCAGUGACCCUCUCCCGCCGGCCUCUAGGGGGUGGAAGGGGUUAAACUUACCUCUUUCUCUAGCGCCGGGCGGGGAGCUCUCCUCCUCCUCUACUCCUCUUCGGCUGAAUGCGCAUGCGCGGCAGGAGCCGCGCGCGCAUUCAGCCAGUCCAUAGGAAAGCAUUCACAAUGCUUUCCUAUGGACGCUGGCAGUGAUUUUCACAGUGAGAAGCACGCAAGCGCCUCUAGCGGCUGUCAAUGAGACAGCCACUAGAGGCUGGAUUAACCCUAACAUAAACAUAGCAGUUUCUCUGAAACUGCUAUGUUUAUAGAAGAAAGGGUUACUCCUAGCUGGACCUGGCACCCAGACCACUUCAUUAAGCUGAAGUGGUCUGGGUGCCUAUAGUGGUCCUUUAACCCCUUACGGACCAAACUUCUGAAAUAAAAGGGAAUCAUGACAUGUCACACAUGUCAUGUGUCCUUAAGGGGUUAAGGCCACAGUAGCUAAACUGAAAGGAUAAGUGUUAACUAAAUAUUUUAAGUUAAGUGUAAUUGAUCUUAUUUUAGAAUUAGCACAAAUGUAUUAAUGGAAUGUUAAAUAAUCAAUAACAUUGUUUACGUAGCAGGUACAUAGGAGAAAGGAGUAGAAAAGAAAGGACUGGUGGUGAGCCUCUCUGUUUUGGGGCCGACUGCAGGAAGACAGACUGGUCUUAAAACCUAAAGCCUGGCCUUUGAGUGGAUGGUCGGGCCUGAGGAUUCCUGUAGCCAAUGAGAUUGUGAGUGAGCAGAGACUGACAAACUCUGCCUCGUGAUGCCCUGCAUAAUAUCAAAGGCUGCCGGGAUACCAAAUGUCGCACCACUAUACCAUUGGCAUACAGCCAAGUACAGCUUUUGCAAGAAACAGGAGCAAAAGGGGAACAGUCAACGACAUAAAUCACAAUCCUGCUUCAGACUUUAGUGGGUGGAAAUGAGCUCAAAUGUGUUGCUGCAGUGUGUGUGUGUUUAUAUAUCCAGAACAGUAUGUAUGUAUAACAAUGUGUAGUUUAGUGUAUAUGUGUAACAGUAUGGGUGUAUACAUCAGUGUGGGUAUCUGUGAGCGUAUGAGUGUGUAUGUGUGUAUGUGGCAAUAUGUAUGUAUAUAUCUGUGUAUUUGUGUUUCUAUGAGUGUAUGAGUGUGUGUAUGUGUAAUUCUGUGUAUAUGUAACUGAGUAUAUGUAACAGUGCAUAUGUGUAUAUGUGUGUGAGUCAGUGAGUGUGUGUGCAGGUUGAAACUUUGCCUUUCAGAAGCAAGAGUGGGGGGUGGUGGAGCCAACUAUCGACUGAAGCAGACGCACUAGGCUCAAGCUCCUGAGAGAGUUCUGACAAAUAGCAUUAAUGUUGCUACACAACCGGUCUGUAAUAACCUCAACAUUGUUCAGACAACAUGGGAAAGAAAAGUAAGCCUUGCAGAAGGCAAACACCCGCCUCUUCAAAAAAUAUAGACACCUUGCUUCUGGGUUACUCCGCAGCCGUGGCCUUUCAAAAUGGCCCCAAGCGGUAGGACUCAGACAUUGCGUCGGAAGAUAGCGACCAUGAUGACUCUCCAUUCCCCAGCAGACACAGUACGUGGGCAAACCCUGAUCUCCAGCUGAAGCACCUUCCUGCACCUAAACAGACAAACUCCAAUACUCCCCUGAAGCAACAGCCUGCGAGUAAGUCAGACUUUCAGAACCUAUUAAAAGAGAUAAAGGCCCUAUUUGCUGCCAACUGCCUUGGUCCAAGAGUAUUUAGGGGCUAUAACAGCCAGGCUGCAGACAGUGGAAGAUGAUGGUGACAUGGCUAAAGGCAAAUAUGAUUUCCUGCAGACCAAGGUGAAGAAGCUUAGGGACGCAAACCUAAUCAUGGAAGGCAAGAUGGUCGCACUUGAGAAUGCCAAACGUCAGCAGAAUCUCAGAGUCUGAGGGGUUUCUGAUGACAUAACAGACACAGAAGUUUCCCAAUUUCUCAGAUGUAUUCUGAGCUCCCUGCUCUCACCCUCUCAAGCUAAAGCCGCCUUGCUGGAGUACCACUUUCGAAUUCCAUAAUCACUUACAGCCCCUGGACUUAUUGCUGUGCUUUCAAUCGCUCAAAAGUAAGCAACUCAUACAAGCCGCUACUCGUGAAAUGCCUACUUACCACUUUGAGGGAUCUAACCUCUCCUUGUUCAAUGGUCUUACUAGAUCCACCAUGCUGUGGCGCCAAUCCCUUUGUCCCGUGACCCAGAAGCUAAGAGACCACAAAGUGAUAUACCGCUGGGGCCCAGGCCGAAAGCUAUCAGUGCUCCAUGAUGGGAAAUGGAUUCAGCUUGUUGUCCUUGUACUUUAUGAUAUGAAUAUGAUGUCGCUGUCUACUAGUAUUAUGGAAUGCACCUACAAUGUAGCGGUAGCGUAUUAUGCUUCUUUAUGUUUGGAUGAAUCUUUAUAAGCUACAAUAAAAAUACAAAUACAUAUUUUUAAGGCAAGAGCCGUUUUCUGUCCCAUUUCCAAACCUUGAAAGGGCUGAAAUAUUGACAGCAUUCGAUUCAUUUUAAGUCCUUGAAGUAUGUUCCUUUAUGAUAUCAUUUUAUAUUUUUAUAUCUGUAUACUAUGUGACAUUAUGCAUUAUAGGGCUGAUAUUUUCAAAUAAAGUGUUAUUCCCUGGCUGGAGAUUGGUGUGGUACACAGAGAUUGGGACCUCUGAUACUGAGGCUCAGCUCACCAAGCAUAUUUAUUUUAGAGGGAAAAAAAGAGAAAUGAAACAAAACAAUUUUUUGUCUGAAAAAGUGUCAGAAACAUUGCUAAAUGUGUUGCCUAAAAAAAAAAAUUAUAUUUAAAAAUGAGAGUUAAGGAGCAAAAUAAGCAAAAGAUUUUUGCAGUCCAAAAAGCAGUCCAAUCUCUAUCUUAUAGACUGAUUCAAAUGUUGCAUCUUCCGGUUGGUAAGCACUGAAAAUGUGUUGGAACAUUAAUACUAAGAACGUGUUAAGAAUGAAUGUACACUAUAUGAGUUAAACAGUAUAAAUGUACUUUAUCAAUAGCAUUCUUUGUUGUGACAGGUAAAUAUGGAACAAGAUUAUGUCCUGCAGCCUUUUUAAGCUUACCGUAUAUAUGUCUCCCUCUCUGGGCUGGAUAUAGGAUCUACAAACAACCAUCAAGCUUGCAAACCCCACCUUCCCAGGUAAAAUGAUUGUUUAUAGUGGUUUAUUUAUAAAUAUAUUGAGAUUUUCUUGUUGUUCUCUUUUACAACUAUACGAGCAGGAUUUUGAAUUAAAUUAAUUCUUUACCAGCAUGCAUAGGAUUUCACAAAAAUAAGAGAAAAUUUAGAGAGAGUCAUUGGGGGAGGUUUAUCAAAGUGUCUUGUUCUGAAAAAUGAUCCAAAGUCGGCCAAUCACUAAGGAUAUGAGUGGAACCAACAGGCACAUUCAAUUGGUGACUCAAUGUUUCUGUGAGAUUUACCAGAACAAGAUUUACCAGAACAUGAUGAUACACAUCUUAUAAGGGCUUCUUCUAUGUCACUGGCCUCACGUGGAAAAGGGAAUCUGUUGUGGAGAUUAAGACCUGCUGUAUGCAAUCACUUUGUGUGAAAAGUUGAAAUAGUCAUGAUUAAGUGCUCUCUGCUGUCAUGUGAGGUUCUCGCACCUCACAUAUUGACCCUAAGUUUCCACCUCCGUGCAAAUCGAUGACAGAUAUUUAUCAUUUUACUCAUUCAGAAAAUUCCAAAUUAAAAUCCUUCAAAUAAAUGCCGCACAUCCAGUGUCACACUUUCUUAAUUUGGUUAUUUAUAGCCUUCUGGAAAUGUAAUGCUCACAAGGCUGUUGGCUAGCAUGUGAGGACAUUUGUUUGUCUCUAACAGGCUCACUUAGACUGACUAUUAAAAUGAAAAUAUUAAGAUAUUUUAUAGUGAAACCUUUAACAUUUCUCUGAAACCUUCGACACAACUGAAUUUCUGAGUCCACUUUUCUUUCUUCUACAGAUGGUAGAAAAUAUUCUGCAAAAAAACAUAUUGAGGAGACCGCUUGACUUGCUUUUUGCCCUUUACAUUGUUGUGGCAACAGUUUUUAAUUUAUUCAGAGGAAUGGUAAGUUGGACUUAUUGUGCAUCAUUUGUAAACAAACCAGCCAGGCCACCUAUUUAUAAGUAAAUAGGGAUUUGGGCAAAAUCAAAUCACAUGGUAGUCAAGUUAGCAUAGAAGGCUCUGCAAACAUCAGAAGUGUGCAAGUAUUGAUUAAUGCAGAACUAGGGGAAAAUGUGUUCUUUAAAGGAACACUAUAGUGUCAGAAAUACAAACAUGUAUUUCUAACACUAUAUUAUUUAACUAUUUAGGUGACCAUCCCCCUUAGAUCGCAUUGGAAAUGUGAUGUUGCUUACCUUUUUUCCCACACUGCGCUGGUCUCAUUGUGGCUGGCUCCACCUCCCUGGCUUAGAUUAUCAAUCUUGAUGAUCUCAGGGAAUCCAAUGCUUUCCCACAGAAAAGCAUUGGGAUGCUUUUGCGCAUAUGCAGCAAAUUGCUGUACCAAUCAGCAACUCCUCAUUAAGAUACAUUGAAUAAAUGCAUCUCUAUUGGGAAGGUUCAGUGCCUCCAUGAAGAGCAUACACACACACUGUGCAGCACUGCAAUAGGAAGCACCUCUAGUGGUAAGCACCCCUAGUGGUGUUCCUAGACAGUAAUGUAAGCACUGCCUUUUCUCAGCUCAGCCUGCAGGGACAAGCUAUAGACACCAGAACCACUUAAAUAAGCUGUAGUGGUUCUAGUGUCUAUAGCGUCCCUUUAAGGUUGUUCAUUACAUUUUGAAAUAGUUCACCUGAAAUGAAUAAAACAUUAUUGUUAAAUUUAUGUAAAUGUGAAAUGUAUGUUUGGUUUGACCUACAGAUUGCCUUAGAAUGUCCUACUGAACUCUGUCGCUCUUACGCUCAAUUUCAAGAACCGUACAUUAAAGAUCCCGCUGCUUACGCAAAGCUCCAGGUAUUAUUACUUUUGUAAUAAAUUACAAAAAAAAAAGUAUUCCAGGUAUUUUACUUUUGUAAUAAAGCUCACAGUAAUCUAUAAAUAAAAUUGCGAACAUGUCUUUCAGUUGUGGCCCAUUGCUUUUUGCACUCUUUUUUUUUUUUUUACCUCAAUAAGUGUAUCUGUCCCGUAUAAGUUUUGUUUAAUUACAUGAACCUUCAGAAUCAGUUCUCAAUUUGUGUUUUUAUACUUUAAAAAGAAUAGGUGUGAAGACAUCAUAGCAUUGAAUUCUUUGAAAUAUAGACAAGACUUUAGCACAGCUGCGUCUUGUUGUUCUUAGUGUAGCAGACCAUGAACUCUCAUUUGUCUUUUUCUUAAUUUGCCUUUCGUGGCUUCCAGGAUCUUUCCACUAAAUGUGAAGUUUAUGGUAAAAAAAAGUUUAAUGCAAAUUAUUUCAAGGUGUGUGCUCCCUGACAGGUGAUGAUUUGGUCACACUAACACUAUAUGUGUCUGUGUUGCAGAUGUUAGUUUUUCUGUUCUAUUCUGUCCCGUGCAAUUUAAUCACUCUCUACGGACUUCUCGUUCCUGGGUGUGCUUGGAUGCCUGAUCUCACCCUUGUUCACGCUGGUGGAUUAGCACAGGUACUGUAUACAGUGGUGCAGUAAUUCUUUGUUACACAAUUCAAAUGUGCUGAGUUGUGUGUGGUCUGUUUUUCUGUUGAGCUGCAUGGUGUAAUUUGCAUAUUACCAAAAUAUUGAUAGCUGUCUCUUGCUUGUAUUUUACAAUACCAGGUUAACAGUUAACUGCCUUAACUGGCAUAGUAGAUCAAAUAGUAAAUGUGAGCAUCACAGAAUAGCCUUUAUGAAUAGCAAUGCCAAAAGCUAAUUAUCAACUUUAUGUGGCCAGUCAUGUUUAAAAAAGAAUUAUUCUUAGACUGUCAAAUAAUGCAUGAUUAUCGUCGUCUCGAGUGCAAUAUUGUAGUGUUAUAUAAUGGUAUAAUUCUUAAGUUGAAUAUGCAUGCAACAUUGUCUUCUUCCAGUCAAAAAAGACUUGUUACAUUCUAGGAAUGAGCGUGAGGAUUGUAAAAGAAGUGGUGUCAUCCUAUGUUUAUGAAACAGUUGAUAUGGAGCCUCGAUUUAAUUAGCUUUCCAAAUACUGUUAGAAUAACUUUCCAAAUGGUUUAUCUACAGAAAUCACCAUUAAAGUAUAUCGGGAAUUUUGUAGAUAAAUCAUUUUGACAUUUUUUCCAACAGUAUUGAAGCAAGAAAACGUGGAUUUGGAAAGGAUACCAAGUUAUAUUUAUAUAGUUACUUUUCAGGAAAUUACACAAUUGAAUGUAACAUUAAAAAUCACCUAUAACCUGUUUUGACAUGUGAUGCUCCAUUUUUUAAAAAUUGUAUAUGAAAUAUCUGGCAAAUUACAUCACAAUCCAGUUUAAUCCUGGCACAGCCAUGCCACUUAUUUCAAACAAGGAGGAGAAACAACAACAUUGGGGAGGAUUUAUCAAAGUGUUCUGUUGUUAAAAAGUGAUGCAAAAAAAGUAAAAGGGAAGUAUUCAAUGAAAUGUGGUACGAGUUGUUCCCAUGAUGACUGUCUUUACUUUUAGUACUUUAGAAAACCUUUUUAGAACAUUUAUUUCAGAUAUUAUGAUGAUGUUUUAAUUGAAGAAGGUUUUAUAAAUACAAAGUUACAAAUCAAUAUUAUAAUGUUGAGCUGAGGAUAGGAUAUAUUGCAUGCCGGUAACUAGUACCAAUUUCCAAUUUCAAUGCAUGACCGCUAUUGAUAUAUUUUCAAUGCCCACAAGAUACCUGAUUGAGAUAUAAUGUCUGAUAUUGGAUUUGAGAUCAGUGCACUUAGGUUCAAAUGAGUUGGUGAGGUUGAUUCUCAAAUUCUCUCUCACAGAUCAAAUUCAGUAUAUCUAUGUUAAUAUGUUCCUUACAAUUUGCAUUGAAUUAUGUGUUUGUUUUGCCUUCAUGCAGGCACAGUUUUCUCAUAUUGGUGCUUCGCUUCAUGCAAGGACACCUUAUAUCUACAGAGUUCCCAACAUCUCCACAAUUGUAUUUUUGUUGACAAAUGUACUUUAUGGGACCAUUCCACAGCUGUUGGCCUACAGAUGUGUAAAUAAUCCAGAACUCUUCAUAAAGACGAGUUCAUUGGCCAAAGUUGAAUAGCCACAUCCAAGGUAGCAAGUAACACCUCGUGAAGUUUUCCAGGAAAAAGGACUGGUCAUCAGUUUCAAGACUUUUUGUGUUGUGUUUUAUUGUAUCUGUUUGAGGUUAAACUGAGGCUCUCCAAAAAUGCUCAAGAACACAUGUGGAACUUUACAUUCUUUUGGAUCCAAAAGUAUCAAUGUUAUCAGAGCAAUUUUAAAUUCAUCUCUGUGUUAAGAUGAAUGUGUAUAAAUCAGGAACCAGGACUUUUCAUACAGUGAAAGACAAAUAAAGGUUUCUAUUGACUAAAAGUAUCAGUCACGUUCAGUAUAACUGAUUUACACAAAGCGUCUCUUUGUUACAAAUACAAAUCAGAUUUUAAAAAAUGUAAACGAUAUCUUUAGUAACUGCCAAGGAUUCUGGGUUGUGCCAGACAAACCAGUUGUGGUUUAUAAAAGACUGAAAUAAAUAGUAAAUGUGAAUGCAACUAAGGUAAUAUGUUUUAAAGGCAAUGUUUGUUUUAAACACUGUUUUCAUGUACUGUGCAUUACAAAGCACAUUUCACGAUUCAUGGCCGCAUGGUCAUUUAAUGGCUGUAGACAAUUUAAUAUGUAAGAAUUCUGUGACUGUAAAUAAUAAUUGCAUCAUUUUAAUGAUACAUUAGUUCCUUAUGCUGCUCAGGAACUAGUAGGCAGCUAAUGUUGAUUGCGUCCUAUUAGCAGUGGAGUUAGAUGCUGGAGCUUAUUGUUCAUGGGUUCCUAAAUCAGUUUUAAAAGAAAUACUGGUUCGAUAUGUCCAUCUCUUAGUUUUAAGAUGCAGUGACUUUGAAUGUAGUGUAAUUAGGAGAUAUCCAAAAAAAAUCAGUAUACAGAUCUGUAACUUCAUUUCAUGAACUGUUUUUAAAUAUCUAGAUUGCAAGAAAACGGCAGUUAGCAUAUUACCUGCCUAACGGCAUAUUUCUCUCAGUCAUAACGAUCGUGUUGUACUGUUCACUGUUCCUUUAAGUACAAUAUAUUAAUAUGUAAAUCAUUUAAAGGGACACUCUGGUCUAAGGGUCUACGUUUGACCAUUCCCAGUGGUUUUAGAGCAUAGUGCCCUUUUUUUGUAUUAUAAUAUGUAUUAAGAGUUUUUAUAUUUUCAUCUUCAGUAUUUUAGUUCCACCAUUUCCGCAGAAACUCUCAACCAGCUUUUAUUCUUGGAAGCUGGUUGAGGUCCAAUUAUCAUGGGUAAUGAUUCUCAAAGAGACUGUUAUUGUUACUGCUCUUUUCAUUGCUAGGACCUGUGCUAUUCUAUGCUGCCCACAACGAAGCUUAAUGUUGUAUUUUACUUUGCAAAAUGCACUGGUGGGGAUAGUGAAAAUAUCAGACCACCAUUUGCUUUAUGCAGUCUGUACUAUUUAUAGCACAACAUGCAAACUGAAAUGGAAUGAGAGAGAUCAGCAUUACAGAUAUACUUCUAAAUCAUAAUUUCAAUUUGUGGCCGGUACUGCAAAUAAUGGCAAUCACAUAAAACAAACUCAGAAUGAGAGAUUUCAUUUUUGCACGAUCCCUUGGAGCCCUAGCCCCUUCAAAUGUGACCAAAAACUGUGAUUUUUCUGUGAUAUCACUAAGCAGAGACUCUUACGCCUCCCUGAAAGGAUCCCACAUUAUCCGAUACAACUUGCCAGCUUCCAUCUGCUAUGUGUUUACACUGAAGAGGGUGGAAACAUGUGCUUCUUGUCCUAUUCAAUAAAUACCAUAGCUCAAAGGAGGAGCCCGUGUGGAAGCCAAUCGGAAUUAGUGGCAGGUGCACUCUAGCAAUGCACGCUUCCAUUAGCUAAGUGGAUAUAACGAAAGGAGGAAUAAUAUCCCCCUGACUGUUUGAUAUACAGCCAGGAAUGUUAAUUUAUAAAGCUGAUUUUUCAUAGAAAUAGGUGAAAUAAUUUAAAUUAAGAUGGGAUACGUCUCACACAUAAAGCACUUCAGCAAACUGAAGUACUUUAUGGAUGUGGAGUGAUCCUUUAAAUUGUGUUAAUGCCUGGAAUGUCACCUUAAGCAAAUAAUCUACUUUUCAUUCCCUUAUAAUGAGUGUAGGUUUAUCUGUAUAGAUUGCACAAUCUUGAAAAUGUAUAACUAUUUACAUAAGCAGAAAACAAAGUUAUUAAAACCUUCCAAGCAAUUAAAAGGUCAGCGGACUGUUUACCUUUGUAUAAUCUAUUGAUCUGUUCACUAAAAGGCUACAAGCAUAGUUAGUAAUGUAUGUGGUGUCUUUAUUAUUGAACUAUAACAUGGCCCUUUCAGGACAGAGAAAAUGAAUCUCAUCUUUCCACAAUGUAUCCACAGAAUAAAAUGCCAUCACUACAAAUACUGAUUGUAAUUAUUACCAAGUCUAACGUUUACAGAACUUUUUGCUUUAAUAUAUGCGUUACAUACAUUAUAAGUGAAAUCAAAUAUGACCAUUUUUUGUUCGUGGGAAAACUUGCAAACCAGUGGACAGUUUGCCUAGUUUGUCAUUAAAAUUGGUGAGAGAAAAUAGCAGAAAAUAUCUGCAGUUUUGUAAAAUGGCUAAAGAAAUUUUCUCACAAAAUGUACAUUUUCCCUUUUUUACACAAACACGCCUGUGCUGGCACAAUAAUGGCUAAAAUUGGCACUGCAGUUGUUUAAAAGUAUAUCUCCCAUGGUGCUAAGGGCUGGCAGAGCUUCCUGGGAAAUGUGAUUCACAAACAUCUACAAUACCAAGUAACUGUAACUGUGCAUCAGGCAUACAUGCGAGGUCUGUCCAGAAGGUAACCAGCCAAGUAAUAUGAAAAAUAGACACAUUUAUUGAAAGAGAUACAAUACAUAUAAUGACACCUCAGUCCCCUUCAAAGUAGGCCCCUUGGAACCUCACACAGUUCUCCCAGUGUCUUUUCCACUGUUCAAAACACUCUGCAACAUCCUUUGUUGGAAUCACCAUCAGCUGCCUCAUCGUAUUUACCUGAAUCUCAUCGACGGUCUGAGAUCUCUUCAUUUUCAAAGGUGAUUAGUUUUCAGAAAAGCCAGAAGUCGCAGGGCUCCAAAUCGUUCAACAGAUUCUCGACCAUCUUUAAAGCAUUUUUGCCACACUUUUAUUCGCGCUGCACUUAUUACAUCUCCUUGGAAAGCCGUCUGAAUCAUCCGAAUAGUUUCUGCGGAGGAAUGUUCAACGCAAAAUCUGAUGCAGAUUUGUUGCUCUACUCAGUCAUUUUGAAUUCGAUGGCCCCACAGUACACAUGCCCACUCAAAGGUAUCUAGUGCCCACACUGACUAGUACAGUGAAAUAGUCAUUGUUCACACAUGCGCAUUCCAGUUCACUCUCCUUGGCUGCCUGGUUACAUCGUUGGCGCGCAAACCGUCCGUUCUCAUUAUAUUAACAAUAGCUGGAGUUUUUUUCCGGACAGACCUCAUACAUGUGAUUCAAUGCAUGAAUACAUUCUAUAUGGGCAUGCACAAUACAUGCCAUUAGGCAUGUGUGCACAUACUUUUUUAUAAAAAAGGAGAAAAUGACUAUUUGCACAAGCAUGGAUUAGCCAGGGGAACCAACUCAUUUUUAUACCUUGCUUUGUUGAGUGAAAUACAUUUUCACACACCCCUACUUUCUGCUACACAUUCAAAUAAUCCAUUUAGUAAAAACAGCAAGAUACGACUUUACACUCUACAGGUUUCAAAUACAAACACUGCAAAAAAUGCUUAAAAGUACACUGAGCAAAAAUAAUAGAAAUAGAGAAAAUAAAUGUAUUCACUAAAAAAGCUUGCAUAAAAAUAAAUAAAUCUAUAUUCACAAUAGCUAAUAGUACUGUUCACAGGAAAAAAUGGAAUGCUUAUUCAUUAAUCUACAUCUGUUUUAAGCCUUAUCACUUCAUCGACAGGUUAUAAGUGUGUUCUGCAACACUUAUAAAAAAAAUUGUUACAGUUCACUACCUGAGGAAGUGGCAUGACAGGCAUUUAUUUGGGAGCAAUGCACUAAAUAUGGUGACAAUAUGGCAUAAAGUGGACCUUUGUGAUGUCAGUUUGCUUUGUUAUUUUUUGUUUGGCACAGCACUGAGUUUUGUAUUGAAAUGAGUCUCAUGUUGGUUUAGUAUUGACAAGAAGAGACUCAUUUGAAUAAAAAAAAAGUCCUUUAAGUGACAGAUGGAGACGCUACUGCCCAAAACGAGUUAGUCUUUCAGACCUAGUUAAUUCACAACUAUAUGUCUUAUACAGCAGACUGUAUAUAUCUCCACCAAAUUAAUAUUUAAGCUCCAUUCCUGCAAGCGGAUUAAUAUGUUUGAUUAAUUCCUCCUUUAAAAAAGAUGUCUUUGGAGAGUUAUUUUUGGUUUAUUGAAUGCUGCACUGCCAGAAACCAAUCUAUGUAGAUUUUAUUCAUAUUUGUAACUCUUUGCCCACUUUCUGCUAGUUUAGUGCACUCUCCUCGGCUUUCAACAUUCCUAUCAGAUGUUAAUAUAUUUAAAUACAGAUAUAAAGACAUGCUUAGUAAGCUAUAAUCGCUUUAUAAUCAAUAAAACAAGAACAACCACCUUUUUAUAUUCUUACAUUUUCCAUUAACAUAUCAAAUUCCCUUUUUGAGUUCCCCUUAUUUAACAUUUCUGUUGAUAGUUAUUUAUUUUGGUUGUUUAUUUCUAAAUCCUAUUGUUCACAUACAAUUAAAACCAGGCUUUCUGUCUUCUUUGCAGUUUAGCUGCCAUAUAAUUUGGAGUGAUAACUUAUACUUCGAUUUAAGCAGUGAUUAGCACAGGAUACCUAAGUUUCCUGAAGCACAACGUUCUAAAGAAAAACGUACACCAUUACGUGCCAGGGAAAUCCUUAAGAUACAGGUUUAACAGUACCUGUAAACCAUUGCAAACUCCAAAAGGAGAUCGUAAGGAGAUUAACAAGAAGAAAUGGACUGACACAGCCAAGAAUUAAGGACAUUUUAACCUACAACCAAGUGUUCAAAUGUAGUUUUGUGUUCUCAAUUCUGAUGAAAACGUUCUAUUCUUUACAUUGUAAUUAGUUUUAUAACCAAACCACAAUUGAAUUAUAUAAACACAGUUCAUACAAGGAAGGAAUGUGGAGUGGACAGUUAUCUCGCUGUGAUCCUGCAGUUUAACCCUUUCAUUGUCGAUGGCGUGCCGCAGAGAACGAGUUCCACACUGCCUUUUAUGAAAAUAGAUUUUAUAAGUCCAGGAGUGAAUGUUCUUAGAGGUUUGGAGGAAAAAUAUGUACAUGUUGAAGGCUGUAAACAUGUAUCGUUGUUUUAGACUGUUAGUAGGGAAGUAUCAUGCAACGGAUCAAUGUAAAAUGAAAGACCAGCAAAUACAACAGAUAGGAACAUGAUCAUAUGAAUACAAACUGACAAAUUGCUAGGUAGUAACAAUGAAAUGCGUUGAAUUAUAUCAAAUCCAAGAAUACUACACAGCGAAUUAUGGACCUCUUCCCACAGUAUGCAGUACUUGGUUAAGUCUGUAA